AUGAUGGCCCGAGCGUCGCCCGCUGAGCUUCCCCGUGUGAAGCAGGCAUACAGCACUCACUUCGUAAAGGAUCUACUCUCCCCUCAUAUGUCCAUCUCUCCCGCAAUGACGUCAAUGACGUCCCCUCCACUGCCCCCAGCCCGCUUACUGCCCUCCUCUGCUACUCAUCCCGCCACUGCCCUCACCCGCUAUGCUCUCCCCUGUUCUGACAUCUCCCGCACUGCCACCCGCUUCUCUGCCCUCCCCCGCAAUGGCCCGCUCCUCUGCCCUCCCCCAUAUGCCGUCAUUUACAUCAAUACUAUGCCACAUGCCGAUAUGGUCUCACUCCCUCUGCCAUGUGCCGCUAUGUCCCCCCUUCCUCUGCCAUGUGCCGCUAUGUCCCCCCUUCCUCUGCCAUGUGCCGGUAUGUCCCCCCUUCCUCUGCCAUGUGCCGCUAUGUCCCCCCUUCCUCUGCCGUUUGCCGCUAAGCUCUAA